AUGCAUCCGUACUCUAACAUUUUAAGGGUUAAUAAAGAAAUUAUCAUUAGCAUUCAGCACACAACAUCUUUUCUUUGUCAAGUUGAACACAAGAUUAAUAUUAAUCAUACCGGGUUUACCGAAUGGAUAAAGCAAUUUGAAGAUAAACUUGCUCCAUGGUAUUGUAUUGAAGCUUAUUUUGCAAUCUAUAUUUUCCAUGGUUUAAAUAGAUUGGCAAAUAUUAAUGAAUUUUGGACCAAAUCUAAUUCAGUCACACAGUUUUUAUUUUUUAAUUCUGCUGUUUCAAAUACAAUGUCAUUUUCAAGAGUAUCUAUUCAUAGAGCUUUACAUUAUGAAGGUUUCGGUACAGAUGAAAAGAAAACGGAUAUGAAUAUCAUUUAUAAAGAUGUUAAUAAAACAAUUAAAGAUUUAUGGGCACCAAGCGACGAGUUAUCAUUGGAUGAUGAUUUAUUUAAAUGGACUGGUAGAGGUGGCUUAAAGAAAAGAAUUCCUGGUAAAGCUGAUAGAGUUGGCAACAUUUUAUGGAAAACUGUAGAUUCACACAAAUGUACCCCUGCUACCCGAUAA